AUGGGAGCCGCGGCGAGUUCCAAAGUAGGCGUAAUCCACUCGACCGACCCUCAGUUGUGGUGCAGUCAAUGCAUGCAGAAGUUCGUAGACCCCCGCAGACUUCCCUGUGGUCAUUUGGUUUGUGGACCAGAAUCCCCCCAACGCUGUGCAAAUCGGGUUUUGGGUUUGCCUAGCAGAAAAUGCCCAGUCAAAAGAUGUCAAAUGCCAGUUGAAGUUACAGUUCAGCUAGAAGAUCUCCAGGUUCCGGAUAUUCGAGGAGAUGAGGCUUUUUUAAGCGAAGGUUUUAAAAAAUAUAUGAGAGAUGGGUCAUUCACUUCAAACUCAGUCGGAUCAUCGGCAGAAAGAGGACCGGGGCCUAGCAGACUCACAGACAACCCCAAAGUACACCACCACACACUGCCAAAAUGCGACACCACAUCCAGAACCACAGAACUCUGUUGGGACAUGGAUGACAUGGAUGAAAUGGAAGAUGAGGAAGCAUCGCAGAGUGUGUUUCGAAAGAGCAUGGAGCAAAUUUGGAAUAAGAGUCAAACGACUCCCGGUCUUCCGACAGACACGGAGAAACACGCUGAAAGGGAGAAGAAUAAACUGCUAUGGGAGUCGGCGUCUAAUAAAAAAGAGCCCGAGGCGCGGUUUGACGACUACAGGUCGAUGGAAAAACGCCACGCAGAGGAACUGGUGAAGCUUAAUGAUCUAAAGUUGAAGUUAGAUCUGCAAAAUCAACAAUUUCAGUCUAAGCAAUAUACUUUUAAUACUGCAAAAGACGAAGAAGUUGCUAAAAAACAAGAAGCUUUCGGAAAGAAAACAGAAGAUCAAGAAAAAUUGCUCAGUGAACAAGGCAGCUUAACACUUUUGCAGAAAAAAAUCGAACAAUUGGAAGAAGAACUGAAAAACGCAAAGCAAAAAUAUGAACGUGAGAAAUUAGAAUGUGAGUCUUCUUCUUUUUCGUAUCAAUUGCUAAGUCUGCCUCAAGCUCAGCAGCAUCAGAGAGCUCUUGAAAACAAAAUUAGUGAAAUGCGAGCAGCGACUGAAGACAGCUUGAUGACAAACAAACUGGCUGAAUUGUCCAAGAACAAAGAAAGUGUUGUCAGCACGGCGAACUUACGAAAGGAUUCCGAAUUGCAGAAUAAUGCGUUCUUCAAACCGGUGGAGUGUGACAGUAGCGGAGCGGUGGGUGGGUUUUCGCUCGUUGAGUCCAAAAAUAAACUGAGCAGUUCUUACCCAUCGAGGUUUUUCCGAACAGGGAGUAUCAAUACAAACGAGUCGUGCUUUGCUGACAAGUGGAGAAAAAAUUUUCCCGAUGAAAGUGCGAUACAGAAGUAUGCAAGCAGAAAUGAGUUAAAUGAGCAAACCCGAGCAGCGUUUGAUCACACCGCGGCUUCUCAGAAACGUGAUACGCUGUCUGAAAGUCAUUUAGAUUGCGUUGGGUUAUGGAAUUCAAAGAUGGUUGACAAAAUAUUAAUUCAACAGGUUUUCACAAACGAAAACUUAAUAGUGGUCAAGCUUCCUAAUUGGAGAAACUUGCUCGGAGUUUGCACGAACGAAACGAAUGAUAAGAGAUUGAAAUCGACCUCGCUCAAACUGGAAACGAAAACCGUUGAUUUAAUUCCACCUGCUGGCAAAACCAUAAAACUGGCUCUUCAAAUCUACCCAAAUGGAAUUGGAAAAAGCUUGGGGGAAUGUGUAUCUGCAUAUGUCAAAAUAAUAUCCAGCCCAUCAAAGAUGUACACAUUAACUUUUUUCGUCAAAAGCAACGCCAAAAAAUCGGAGAACAUCUCGAAAUCAAUUUCCGUUGACGGAAGUUUAAACUUGGAACAGCUGGUGGGAAUUCAGGAGCUUUGUAAUCACAAGGAGCUGGAUGGGUUUCAAAAGGAAGACCAUAAUCUACAUGCUAUCAUAAUCUACAUGCUAUUAAGCUUUUAUAAUGCUCACGUAUGGUGUAUUACUAACUACAUACAACCAUUCAACUGA